AGUUACAUCACACAGGUGUUUGUGUGUGUUUGUGUGUGUAGUGUAAUUUGUCUGCUCAAAUUUGAAACGUUGCGCUUUCAUCUUCGUUGUCGAUUUCAACGUGCGAAUUUCCAGCGUUGACCGAUGAGGAGGCAACAGAGAAAAGUGUUUUAAUCUGCAGGAUGUUCAGCUGACUGCAGGUGAUAGAGGAGCUGAUCAUGUGACCUUCACCUCCUUAUUACACAUUAUACAGUACACCUGCCUUAUUAAGGCUUUUAAUGGAUCAUCUGGAUGCUUUAAAAUAGACAGCCUGAGUCCACCACUGGCAAUGCUCACCUGAAGUCCACAACAUCCAGCAUGAGAGAUUAUAUGUAAACUAUAAACUGCCAGUCGACGAUGGAGUUGACACCUGAGCUGAAGGACUCCGUCAGAACUACAACAGUUUUCAGAUUUCCUGAGUGUCUGUUGGUUUUCUUCCUCCUUCUCUCAGCACCCUGUUUUGAAGGACGGCAUCAGGUGGUCGGUCCGUCUCAGCCAAUAGUGGCAACAGUUGGUGAUGACAUCAUUUUACCAUGCAACCUGGAACCUGCCAUCAAUGCUUCAGACAUGACUGUAGAGUGGGCAAGACCUGACCUGGACCCCAGAUUUGUUUAUGUGCGGCGUGACGGUGUGGAACUAGAGAGUGAAAAACGUCCGUCCUACAAAGGAAGAACGUCUCUGUCCAUCGACAAACUGAAGCUCGGAGACAUUUCACUGAAACUCUCCAAAGUGAAACUCUCUGAUGAGGGAAGGUACAGAUGCUUCAUUCCAGCACUGGGUGACUCUUUUGUUGAGCUUGUUGUUGGUGCUGUCUCCUCACCUUUCAUAGUGAGUACUGACAGAACCAGCAGUGGGGUGAUUUUACAGUGUGAGUCUGCAGGCUGGUAUCCAGAGCCUGAGGUGUUCUGGCUGGACGGUGAGGGAAAGCUCGUCUCUGCUGGACCUACAGAGACAGUCAGAGGUCCUGAUGACCUCUAUACUGUCAGCAGCAGAGUGACUGUGGAGACGAGACACGGCAACAACUACACCUGUAGAGUCCAACAGCAGAACAUCAACCAGACCAGAGAGACACACAUCCAUGUUCCAGUUGCCUGUUGGAAAUGGAAACGAAAAGUAUCUGAGAAUGUCCGGCCAUCUGUUCAUGACCUCAAGCUGAAGCGAACUUGGGUUCUGCCUGGUGGCGCCUCAGUCCUGCUGCUGCAUUGA